AUGCGUUUGCCUCUUUUGAUAUCCACACUCGUACAACACCAUUCUGAAACUGCAAUAGAUGAUCAUUGCGGGACUGGUUCUUCACCUACAUACGUUGUGGAUCUGACGUUUCAUGCGCCACAAAAGUGUUGCAUUGCUAUUCGCGUGAACAGCAACCCAACUUUGUGUCACGACCCAGUAUAUAUAAAGAGGAACAACCCCAACACUUUCUCUAUUUCUCUUCAAUUCUCUUCAAAACCAAACCACUUAGAAAUGUUCCGUAAAUCAGCUAUUAGAUCAAUCAGACCAAUUGUGUACAGACCAGUUGUCAUUUCGAGAAAUUAUGGUAUCGUUGAUGCCGCUACCCAAGCUGUGUUUGGCAAAAAGGGUUUAGAGGAAAAGAAGCGCAAGGAAGGGGAGUUAGAAAACAAAGCUCAAAAAGUGAACUUGGAUGGUGGUAGAAAGGCUGCCAGCAAAUUAGAUGACGCACAGGAUGCUGCCCAGGAUGCCAAAGAAACUGCAAAAUCAAACCUUGAAGAUGCUAAAGACGGUGCCCAGUCUACUUUUCAAACUGCUGCUGAAACUGUCAAGUCUGCCGCUGAUACUGUCAACAAAAAGACCGGAAAAGUCUUAGCUGAUAGCAUUGAUGCCGCUCAAAAAAAUGUCAAUCCUUCCGAUCUCGCUGAUAAGGCGAAAUCAGCAGCUGAUACCAUCAACAAAAAGACCGGUCAAGUUCUUGCUGAUGGUAUUGAUACUGCUCAAAAAACAGUUAAUCCGAAUGACAUCGCGGACAAGGCAAAAUCUGCAGCUGAUAAAAUAAACAAGAAAACAGGUGAAGUUUUGGCCGACGGAGUGGAAGCUGGUGAAAAAAUUGUAGGUACCACCAAGGAAGCUGCCGAAACAGCCAAUAAGAAGACUGGAAAUGUGCUUGCUGAUGGCGUGGAAAAGGGGGAAGAGUUGGCCAACAAGACUAAGGAAACUGUUGAUAAUGUGGCCGAAGACGCCAAACUGCAUCAAGCUAAGCAAGAGGUUAAAGAAAAAACCAAAGGAUACGAAAGUUUGCAACACAAAGGUAGCAAUGUUGAACGUGAACAACAACGUCCAGAUGAUGGGGUGUAG